AUGGCGGAACGUGAACGUCCUGCGAAAACCCCUAUUAGGGUGGGUUUUUAUGAUAUAGAAAGGACUAUAGGCAAAGGAAAUUUUGCCGUUGUAAAAUUAGCGCGACAUCGAAUAACGAAGACUGAGGUAGCAAUUAAGAUUAUAGAUAAAUCACAAUUAGACGCCGGUAAUCUUCAGAAGGUCUACAGAGAAGUGGACAUCAUGAAGAGGCUGGAUCAUCCUCAUAUUAUUAAGCUUUAUCAGGUCAUGGAAACUAAAAACAUGAUCUACAUAGUAUCGGAGUACGCAAGUAAAGGAGAAAUAUUCGACUAUAUCGCGAGGUACGGUCGAAUGGCCGAGCAAGCCGCUCGCCGUAAAUUCUGGCAGAUCCUUUCCGCUGUGGAGUACUGCCACGAGAGGCGGAUUGUGCACAGGGAUCUCAAGGCGGAAAAUUUACUGCUAGACGCGAACAUGAAUAUCAAGAUCGCCGACUUCGGAUUCAGCAACUACUAUGCAACUGGGGAACUGCUGGCGACAUGGUGUGGUUCCCCCCCAUACGCUGCGCCGGAGGUAUUCGAGGGAAAACGCUACUCCGGCCCCGAAAUUGACAUAUGGAGCCUCGGGGUGGUGCUUUACGUGCUGGUCUGCGGCGCAUUGCCAUUCGAUGGCUCCACCCUUCAGUCGCUAAGAGAUCGCGUCCUUUCUGGAAGGUUCCGGAUACCGUACUUCAUGAGCGAAGACUGCGAAUCCUUAAUACGUAAGAUGCUAGUCCUCGAGCCAAUGAAGCGGUAUACGAUCGAGCAGAUAAAGAAACACCGGUGGAUGUCGACGGAGCCCUACACGGCCCCUACCAUUGUCUCGGAUCCAGUUCGGAGCCCCGCGCACACGUCGACCCACAACGAGCCAAACGAACAAGUUCUGAGGCUGAUGCAGAGCUUGGGCAUCGAUCCUGUCAAAACGAAGGAGAGUCUUCGCUCAAACAGUUACGACCAUCACGCCGCGAUAUACCUGCUGCUUUUGGAGAGGUUGCGGGCAAGGGUGGCGGGGGGUCAUAGUGCGGUUGCGGGCGCGGCCGCUGCCUCGGAGGCGCGUCGGCCCACACGCCGCCCCUCCUCAGACCAGGCCCUAGCGCGCGAAAUGCAUGACGCCAGGCGAGAACACCACAAUAGAUUAUUACACGCUGGGGAGGCUCAAACUAGGGAGUAUACUAGAGCGACCCCCAGCGCAUCGUCUGUGCCGGGGGACGCAUCAUCUUCCGAAACACAGCGGCUACUUUCCCUCGCCGGAGUAAACAUGACUGAGCAACGGUUGCUCCAGCGGAACGACCCGUCGGAGACCCAUCGCAGCUUCCUUGUCGGGAAUCUCGACGUGACGUCCCACAGAGCGCACGAGACAGAGUCCGCGCGGCUACUGUCCACGCGGAACAUAGACGUGUCCCAAUCGAGUCAGAGGCUGGGCGCGAAACUCAACGACAGCGUCCCCGCACACAGGCUGCUAAGCGCCACUUACGAACAGCAGCAGAACAUACUAAAGCAGUCGUCCGAGGACUGUAGACGGCUUCUGCAGCAAUCGACCACGGUCGGCCCCGAGGCCAACAAAAACGACGGCACCAGACUGUUGACCUCCUCGAGCUUCGACUCGAAAUGCGCCAUCGACGGCGGGCGCGCCUCGGCGGCCGACCACAGCGUCAUAGCAAACUUCCUCCAGAACUCCGCGUCCGCCACCAACUUCAAUUCGGACACUGUGAAGCUACCCAAUUCCACAACGUUCACAAUGUGCUCUGAAGCGGCGAAGCUUAUGAACACGCUGCAGCAAUCGCCGUUGCCGUUGAAGGGCACCGUCAACCUCAGCACAAGCCCAAUACCGACACAGUUCACAGACACGAAACUAACCAGCGUUCUGGAGCAACCGAAGCCUCUGGAAUCGACGAGACUAGUGUCCCAAGCUCAACAGCAGGACCUGAAUCGCUUGCAAACUUGCACCCCGCCGUUUAAGGAUUACUCGAAUCAUCAUUUGCCGUCCUACUCCUAUCUUCAAGGGGGCGGUAUGCCGUCGAUGUCUAACGCAGGUGACGGAAGUUUUUCAACCACGUCCACCGCCGGUGACUUACUGCAGAACACUUUGUAUAGGCCCGAUAGCAAAUUUUCCCUCAAUAGAUACACCACGAGUCAGACCUAUACCCAGAUGCAUCCCAGCACAGGUGCUGAGCCAACGAAGUUUCAACAGCAGUACUCGUCGUCGACAGACGAGGGCUGCGAGACUGACAUGGAGGACGUUCCGACCAUUCCAAGUGGAAUACAGAACAGGCUAAGCUCGUACGCCAGUUCCAGCUCGAGCAGUGGCGUCGUAACCUUCUUCAAUAACAAAAGCCUGAGUCAGAAUUUGAGCUGCGAUUCUUCACAAAGCAACUUCUCGACCUUCGAGAGCCUUGACUACCAACUCUCCGACUGUUCCAGCGAAUUAGCCAGCAGUCUACCGAGCUGCACUUCCAACGAUGAUAAGUUGGCUUACGAAAAUAGCUCCCUCGUCAACACUAGUCCAAUGCACCCUUGCGUUUAUAUAUCGUCUUAUAACAGUAAGACCCCUGGCACGGGGUUCAUCGCCCGACACAACCCCCUCAACUACCAGUCGGCUAAUACGAAGUGCCAAAGAACAAUGACCCGAAGCCCGGUCGAUUUCCGCGAAGGGCGACGGGCCAGCGACGGCCUCGUAGCCCAGCAGGCUGCUCAGUCCGGCGACACGCAGAAGAACAGCUUGGCCUUCAACAGCCAGAGGCUGAACGAGAACUGCAAAGCGAAGGGCGUGCUGGAGCUGCAUCUAGUCCAGAAGGAAGCGCAGAAACUGAAAACACAGUACCAGUCGUCGAUCCCGGCGGAAGAGAUGACGCAGCGACAGAUGCAGCAUAACCAGUUCGCCGCGAGCUUCUCGCCGCACUAUUUGGACGCCAAGACGCCCACGCCCAAGCGGAUCAGCUUGCCCGAAAGCUUCAACUAUUCCAGCACCUCGCCGCCGAUGCCGGCGAGUCCGAAGAUGAUGUCCCAGCUACAAGACUCGGCGGAGCUGUCGCACGGGGCCUCGGUGUCCCAGGUGAACAAGCCGCCGCUGCAGCAGCAGUUGAUGCAGCAUAGGCUUUUCCAGCAGAAGCGGCAGCUGCUCCAGAAGCAAAUGACGCCGCCAAACGUGCCGGCGCACGAGAUGGGCCCCAUCCACACGCUCCAGGUCGGCCUGAGCAGGCGUCAGAUGCUUCGCCAGCAGAGCUACAAGAUCGCACAGCAACAGCAAAUCCUUCCACCGCUGCCGCUAACGGAGACCGAAAACCGUGACCUGCUCGCGUUCCAAGCGAUCGUGGAAGACCCGAACAGGACGAUCAAGAAGGAGGAAAAUCAAGAGGAAGUCUCCAAGUUCGCGUACCAGGGCUCUAUGGAAAUUAGUAUAAUGAACAAGGACAGACUGGGCAACGAGAAUUGGUCCAAUUUGCCGUCCAGUUUGCAGAGCGCCUGCCAAAUAUCGGAGUUGGCUGGGAGAGAGAAGGGAGGGAGGCCAGAGAGGGGGAAAGAGAUG